AUGGGAAGGACCCUCCCCGUGCCGGUGCUGUGCCAGGUGUGCGGCGACAAAUCAUACGGGAAGCACUACGGCGUCUUCUGCUGCGACGGCUGUUCCUGUUUCUUCAAACGCUCCAUCAGGAAGGGCGUGAACUACUCCUGCAUAUCCGGGAAGGGCGAGUGCAUCGUGGACAAGGCGAGACGCAACUGGUGCCCGCACUGCCGCCUCAAGAAGUGCCUCGCCGUCAGCAUGAACACGGAAGCCGUACAGGAGGAGAGAGGCCCCCGGAAGCCAAAGAUCAAGACGGCGUCCAGCGGGCACUCCCCUUCGUCAGGAGACUCGAGAUCCCCCGGCGAGUGUUGCGUGCCCCCCCAGCCUCCACCCCUCACCAUGCCCGCUUCCUUCCUGCCUCCUCCGCCGCCCAUGAUACCCGUCUCCAAGAUAUCCGCGCUGCCGCCCUCGUCCGUGUCCUGUGGGAUCACGCCCUCGCUGGCCAGACACCUCGGCCUGCCGGAGAACCCUUGGUCCCUGGCAUCACUCCUCACCACCAACACCUUCCUGGCCACCACGCCCACGCUUGCCCCCAUCUCAGCGCCGCCGCCCACGCUCCUGCCUCAACCCACGCCAACACUGACGCCCGCCAUUCCGGCUUUGCUGCCCCCGCCCCAUCCGCCGCUGCCUCCGUUGAACCUCCACACGCCCUCCGCCUUCAGCGCCGUCAGGCCGAGCCUUCAUGACAAGGACGCGUCAGGGCGCAUCCGAGAGGAGGUGGGCGUGCAAGUGCUGGGCUGGGUGGUGAGGCAGGUGCGGGCGUCCCCCUUCCUCACGCCCAUGCCUCCGUACGACCUCCUGCUCUUACUCACGCGGGCGUGGCCGCAGCUCCUCCUCUUGCACGCCGCCUACUGGCCGCUCGACCUCCUGCUCCUCCUCCAGCAGGACGCCAAGUCCGACCUCGAAAUCUCGGUGAAUCAGAUAACCCAUCUACAUAUCCACUCGCCGAUCUAUCAGCAGAACUUGGUGGAGAGCGACGACAACGGGCAGGUCGCGGCCGCCCUCAGGAUGUGCCGUCAGUACGCCCUCGACUCCACGGAGCUGCACCUUCUCUCGGCCGUCAUUCUCCUCAGGUCCCAACCCGGCCUGUCCUCCGAGGGCAUGGUCAUGAUGUCGGUGCUGCACGAGAGGGCCCAGGCGACGCUGCAGAACCACUCCGUCGCCUCCUUUCCCCGGGGAUCCUCUGCGCCCUUCGAAUCUGCUGCUGCUGGUGGCGUCCUUGCAUCGCCUCCCCCUGCAGACGGUGACGAGGGCGUUGUUAUUGGUGUGGCAAAGUUCAUGUCCUUUAACCUUUUAAUCUUUAUUCCUCGAUGUUUCUAA